AUCUUGGAGUCCGCAGGAGAUGUUCCGACGGUUGAGCUGACUGUGAGAAAUGGCAGCUCAGUAAAAGUUCAAAUACCCAGUGGUCAUGUCACUUCUUAUAAGCCUAAAGUUUACUGGAAAGAUGAUGGCUUUGAGGAAGUCCUCUACACUCUUCCAGCAAAUGGAGGUGGUAUUGGUUUGGCAUUCAAUGACCUCGACCCAAAUUCAAAAGGGUCUCUUCUCAAAACUUCUGAAUGGACCGUAAAAGAUGUUGACUCUGAUUCUAUUGAUGCUGUGCAGGUUGAACUGUGUAGCACCAGUGGAAGUCUGGAAUUAACUUACGUAGUUUCACUCUAUCCCUUGUGCGUGGCAACCGCAGUUAUUGUGAAGAACAAUGGCCGUAAAGCUGUCAACCUGGCUGGCGCCAUUCUUACGCAUUUCAGGAUGAAGGGACGAAGUGGAGCAGGUGUGCGAGGCCUCAAGACCUGCUCUUACUGCACCCUCCCUCCUUUAUCUUCGCACUAUGAGAUUCUAUCUCCAUCUGAAGCUGUUAAAACCGAGGAUCCUGGCUUCUUCUCUUUUGGCUGGGAGGCCGAAAAGAAACCAGGAGAAUGGAGUGUGCAAGGCGUUCCCUUCACAGUACUGAAGCAUAAGCUCAGUAGAGUUUAUGCUGCUCCACCAGCUGAUAGAUUGAAAGAGUUCUACAAUACCACACCUUCAAAAUAUGAGGUACUUGAUCAAGGGCGAGAGCUCUUCUUUAGGUUUAUACGAAUGGGUUUUGAAGAUAUAUAUUUGUCCAGCCCUGGUUCUGUCUCUCGGAAGUAUGAGGAUUACUUUAUAUGUACGGGCCCUGCUUCAAUGCUGGUUCCGAUCGUCAUCAACCCUGGUGAGGAGUGGAGGGGGGCACAAGUCAUCGAGCACGAUAAUUUGUAAAAACCAUCAAUUUAACAGACAGCACCAAUUGAUUUUCGCCCUUGAGUUUGUUCUGAGAUGUGCAGAUAUUGAAAUAUGUACAUUGUAGCAUCAAUCUAUUUCAUGAAUCGUGAUAAUUGAGCAGUUCUUGGAUAACAA